AUGCAGCUCCUCGAGGUCACCGCCCCGCGACAAGCAAGCCGCAUGACAAUUGCAUGGGCGAACCCAGCCAACCCAUUCGACGUGGGCGCAGCUACCGCGACGCGGUUGCUGCUGGACCCGCCGAAGGACCCCGCCCACGUGGCCGACACCAAGCCGUCGUCGCUGAACCAGGUGCCACUGGACCUGCCGAAGAAUCCGGUUCCCGCGGCCGGCGCCCAGUUGUCGCUGCUGGACCCGGUGGUGCUGGUGGACGUGCCGAAGGCUCCCGGUCACGCGGCCGGCGCCCAGCUGUCGCUGCUAGACCCGUCGCUUCUGUGCUGGCUAAAAGGCCUCGCUCACGCAGUCGCCGGCACGUGUCUGCAGCACGUCGUGAUCCUUCGUCGUACGCGCUAA